CAUGAUGUCCCUCUUCAGUAAACGUCCGAAGGAAACAAUUCACUAAAUCAAAAAGUUCCUAGCGCCACCCGGAACUGGCGCAUUUAUGUUUGGACGUGUGACUUGUCCGAUAGGGCAAAAUCCGAAAUAUUAUCUUAAAGUGGUGACAGGUAGAUAAUAGGUCCAUUUUAAAUGCUCUGUUUCAACUCAGCUCAUUGAUAAAGGAGGCAUUUGUGCAAGAGCAAUGGCAAGCGAAGGCGACUUUGGACUUCCACAAAAAAGCCAACCACAGACCAGAAUGUCAGAGAAUGAGAAGGAGACACAGAACGUCCUUCACUCUGAACCUGAAUCUAUGAAAGAAGUAGAUAAAGAGAAUGAUAAUAAUAAACCUGUGAAGAGUGAAGGAGCUGUUGACUCGUCUGGUAAUUCUGCACCUAAAAAGGAAGAAAAGACUCAGCCCAGGAACGAUCCACAAUCUGAACCUAAACCUGAAACUACAGAAAAAGUGGAUGAAGGUAACAUCAGUAAACUUGAGAAGACAGGAGAGAAGACUCAGCCCAGGAACGAUCCACAAUCUGAACCUAAACCUGAAACUACAAAUAAAGUGGAUGAAGGUAACAUCAGUAAACUUGAGAAGACAGGAGAGAAGACUCAGCCCAGGAACGAUCCACAAUCUGAACCUAAACCUGAAACUACAGAAAAAGUGGAUGAAGAGAAGACUCAGCUCAGGAACGAUCCACAAUCUGAACCUAAACCUGAAACUACAGAAAAAGUGGAUGAAGGUAACAUCAGUAAACUUGAGAAGACAGGAGCUGUUGACUCGUCUGGUAAUUCUGCACCUAAAAAGGAAGAGAAGACUCAGCCCAGGAACGAUCCACAAUCUGAACCGAAACCUGAAACUACAGAAAAAGUGGAUGAAGGUAACAUCAGUAAACUUGAGAAGACAGGAGAGAAGACUCAGCCCAGGAACGAUCCACAAUCUGAACCGAAACCUGAAACUACAGAAAAAGUGGAUGAAGGUAACAUCAGUAAACUUGAGAAGACAGGAGCUGUUGACUCGUCUGGUAAUUCUGCACCUAAAAAGGAAGAGAAGACUCAGCCCAGGAACGAUCCACAAUCUGAACCUAAACCUGAAACUACAGAAAAAGUGGAUGAAGAGAAGACUCAGCCCAGGAACGAUCCACAAUCUGAACCGAAACCUGAAACUACAGAAAAAGUGGAUGAAGGUAACAUCAGUAAACUUGAGAAGACAGGAGCUGUUGACUCGUCUGGUAAUUCUGCACCUAAAAAGGAAGAGAAGACUCAGCCCAGGAACGAUCCACAAUCUGAACCUAAACCUGAAACUACAAAUAAAGUGGAUGAAGAGAAGACUCAGCUCAGGAACGAUCCACAAUCUGAACCUAAACCUGAAACUACAAAUAAAGUGGAUGAAGGUAACAUCAGUAAACUUGAGAAGACAGGAGAGAAGACUCAGCCCAGGAACGAUCCACAAUCUGAACCUAAACCUGAAACUACAAAUAAAGUGGAUGAAGGUAACAUCAGUAAACUUGAGAAGACAGGAGCUGUUGACUCGUCUGGUAAUUCUGCACCUAAAAAGGAAGAGAAGACUCAGCCCAGGAACGAUCCACAAUCUGAACCUAAACCUGAAACUACAAAUAAAGUGGAUGAAGGUAACAUCAGUAAACUUGAGAAGACAGGAGCUGUUGACUCGUCUGGUAAUUCUGCACCUAAAAAGGAAGAGAAGACUCAGCCCAGGAACGAUCCACAAUCUGAACCUAAACCUGAAACUACAAAUAAAGUGGAUGAAGGUAACAUCAGUAAACUUGAGAAGACAGGAGAGAAGACUCAGCUCAGGAACGAUCCACAAUCUGAACCUAAACCUGAAACUACAAAUAAAGUGGAUGAAGAGAAGACUCAGCCCAGGAACGAUCCACAAUCUGAACCGAAACCUGAAACUACAGAAAAAGUGGAUGAAGGUAACAUCAGUAAACUUGAGAAGACAGGAGAGAAGACUCAGCCCAGGAACGAUCCACAAUCUGAACCUAAACCUGAAACUACAAAUAAAGUGGAUGAAGGUAACAUCAGUAAACUUGAGAAGACAGGAGCUGUUGACUCGUCUGGUAAUUCUGCACCUAAAAAGGAAGAGAAGACUCAGCCCAGGAACGAUCCACAAUCUGAACCUAAACCUGAAACUACAGAAAAAGUGGAUGAAGAGAAGACUCAGCCCAGGAACGAUCCACAAUCUGAACCUAAACCUGAAACUACAGAAAAAGUGGAUGAAGAUGUUGGCUUGUCUGGUGAUUCUUCUCCAGAUGUUGGAACUAAAAAAGAGGAUGAGCAACUACAACAUACCGCCACUUCUGAACUUCCACAAGAAAGACAACCACAGAUCAGAGUGGGAGGGAAUGAGAAACUGUUAUUGAUUGGUGUUGCUGUCCUACUUGCAGCUAUCUUUUAUGCUAUUUUUUUUCAUCCUAAAUCAACUCCACCUGUACCAAAUGAGUUUAAUGUGGUGGAUGUGUUCAAUCAGGAAAUGGAAAAACUUAAGACUAGCUUUCCAAAUCAGCGGCCAGAACUCUGGAGGAGGAGUCAGAUUCAUCUCAGACGCCACCUGAAAACUGAGCGUCCCACAGAACCUGUCAGCCUUAUUCUUACGUCUGGUCACAGGGCUGAAAGGACACUUGGUUGUUUGGCUCGAUGCUUGGCUCAAGCUUUUUCCACUGCCCGUAACUCUUCAGUUCUAAACAUCAAUGGAAAAAGUAAAGCAUCACAAGACAGUGAUCAGGUCAAGCUGGACAUUGAUAGUGAGUUGAGAAAAGCCUUUGAUGGUAAAACAUUUGCUGCAGUAAUCCACCGAUUUGAGGAGCUCCCUCCUGGAUCCACUCUCAUCUUUUACCGUUACUGUGACCAUGAGAAUGCGGCUUAUAAGAACGUCUUCCUGGCCUUUACUGUAAUGCUUGAUGCAGAAGUGGAAGUGCCAUCCGAUGUCGGUCUAGGGAGAGUUGAGGAGAUGGUUCAAGAGCACGUAAAACAGAAGUUUGUCUCCUCAGACAAGUUAGCUACGUUUAAUGAAAUGGAUGUGGACAAACUGAGUGGACUGUGGAGCAGAAUUUCACAUCUCAUCUUGCCAGUGGCUGCAGAAGAGACAAUUGAACAACAGGGCUGUGGGGACUGUGACAAAUCAUUUUGAAAUAGUUAUUCGACUUUAUUUGUUGUUGCACAAAUUGCUACUUUAAAUACGAUACUCAUGAGCUGCCUCACAAAUGAGGGCCCAUACUUUGAAAAAAAGAGGUGAAGAAGAUGCAUAUUGGGAUGCGCUGCUGUAUGAAUGAGGGGCCUCACAAUUUUCCUUCUUUCAUAUUAAAUUAUAACUUUUCAGAUUAUGAAAUUUAUAGAAGGAUAAAACGAAGUCAUUUUCCCAUUUGUAUUGCUUUUAUUUGUGUAGAUCUAUUUGUAUCUAAAUUAUGUCUUGAAUUAAAGUUCUUUUUAAUCUGUAAAUGUGGUUGAGCAAGGAUGAACGUGUAAUAUAUUUGGUGAAUGACUGAUUUUUUUCCUACUUUAAAGAUUUAUUAAAGAAAGUAAACGUGCCUUAAUAAAUGCA